GUGAGACUGCAGAACGGUGUGCGAGGUGUCGUGAUGAGAGGAGGAGACAUGUCCGGGAACUCUGACACCGCGGAUGAGGCUGUGAGGGGCACCUGUGAUGACGCCUCUAUAUGUAAGAGGUUUGCGGUGAGUGUUGGUUAUUGGAAAGAUCCCUACAUCCAGUAUUUCGUCAGGCAGGCCAAAGAGCGCAAGGCGCCCGAGAUCAAUAGAGGAUACUAUGCCCGAGUACAGGGGGUCUUUCAACUACUCACUGCCUUUCUGGGGAGAACUGAAUGCAAUUGCCAAGUCAUUAACCUUGGGGCCGGGCUGGACACAACGUUCUGGAGGUUAAAGGAUGAAAAUCUCCUGCCUAAGAAAUAUUUUGAAGUGGAUUUUCCUGCAAUAGUCGCACGAAAGCUCUACAACAUAAAGUCAAAACCACCUCUCUCCAAGCCAAUAAUGGAAACCCACAGUGGAGACUCUAUGCUGAUAGAUGCUUACAGCCUUGACUCCUCUCGAUACGCCAUCCUUGGGGCAGAUCUGAGAAACCUGAAGGACAUGGAGGAGAAGCUAAAGAAAGUUGGCAUGGACCCACAGCUUCCAACACUGCUUGUGGCGGAGUGUGUGCUGGUUUACAUGUCUCCUGAGAAUUCCGCCAACCUCCUGAGAUGGGCAACUGACACCUUUCCCACAGCCAUGUUUGUAAACUAUGAACAGGUCAACAUGGCAGACCGCUUUGGACAGAUCAUGAUAGAGAAUCUGCAGAGACGACAAUGCAAUCUGGCGGGAGUUGAGGCCUGCCGGUCACUCCAGUCUCAGAUUGAUCGAUUCUUGUCUAAUGGGUGGGAAGCAGCAGAUGCCUUGGACAUGAUCCGAGUAUAUGGCAGCCUACCUCGGAAUGAUCUAGCACGGAUUGAGAAGCUGGAAUUUUUAGAUGAGAAGGAAUUACUGGAACAGCUGCUACUCCAUUACUGUAUCAGCUGGGGUACAAAAGACUCAUUACACUUGGGUCUGUCAAAAAUCAUGUUUUGACCUACAGAAAAGUGCACCCGGCCAUGAGAUUCCUAUCGCACUGACUUCAAAUCGGAAAAUUUGUCAGGCUCAAGACAUUUUGGCUUUCCAUCUUCCCAGCUACACCUAGCAGAAAAUGUUAUUGCUGAUGCCAAGUGCUUCAUGAGCUGUUUGUGUUUUCAGAGUUUGAGACAAAUCUCCCAUGUCUGUGGAAGUCUGGCUGUAAGCAUGGAAUGGAGUUAUUGUGCAGUUUGCAUGCCCUCAGUCUCCAAAGUGCAAACUUCAUUGACCGUGUGCUUCUUUAUGUUACUUUUUAUUAUGAUGAGCAAAUAUUACUUGGUACAAGGUUUGGCACUACUGACUUUCUGGUCCUUUUUAGUUUUUUUCUUUGUCUGCUGAUUGCUGCUGAUGUGACAGCAAAAUUAAAAUUCCGUUAUAUGAAA